UUUCCUGUGGAUUGUACAGACGCAUACCGUUACGGUUAUGAUAUCGGUAAAACUGGUAAUUUCCACCACGAAACACGUGGGCCUGACGGUGUUACAUACGGAUGUUACGGCCACAUUGAUCCAAAUAAAAUCUUACGCGCUACACAUUAUGUUGCUGAUACGCGUGGUUAUCGGACUGUGGAACCUCAAAAGCCUGUUGUUACAUAUCCUGAAGCCGAUGAUCCUAUCAAAGGACCGAGCAGUGGAAUAUUACUGCAAUGGGAUGAAUUAUACUUUCCCAUUGGUUGUGGCAAAUUUGAAGGCGGUGUGCGUCCCGAUAUUCCACUUGUUUUUAUUGACGAUGGCACAGACAACCAUGUAUUCAAUUUUACCAAAUUUACGCAUUUAACGCCUAAAGACUCAAAACAAAAUGGCCUUAAUGCGCACUCGAAUAACGGUGGUAGACCUGUUCACAGCAGUGCUGGGCUUUUCGACAAUAGUCAUACGUAUGAAGGCUCACCUGGCGCUCAGGCUUCAACAACGCACGCAAUCCAAUCUUUAUAUCCAAGCGGUGAUAACCAAGUUAAAAAUGUAGCAUCUGGUCAACUAAACCAUUUUGCAAUCACCCACAAUAAAAGUGCUGAUGGUCAGGGUUUUGGUAAUUUUCAAGGUCCUGGAAGUAAACAUACUGGAGACAGGAAAAACUCAGGAACACAUGGCCAUUUAGACUUUAAGGGAUUUGAAGGCUCCAAUACUCCUACUUCACAAUCACGUCCGUCUACACAACAUGAAAAUUCUCUCGAUUACGUGCUUCAUGGGUCUUCUAGUUCUCACCAUCCUGUGGAAACUCACUCUAAUGGUUUCCAAGGUUCUGGCGGCUCUGCCAGUUCUGCUGGGUUUGCUAGUUCGGUGGGUUCCGGGGGCCUUGGAAGCGCUGGUAGCUCUAGUAACGGUUCUAGAGAUCCUAGUAAUUUCGGUGGUUCUACCAGUUUUGCUAGUUUCGACGGCCCUGGCGGUUCUGGCGGUUCUAGGAGCCCUGGCGGUGGCGGCGUUUUUAGCGGGUCCGGCGGUCUUGGUGUUUCGGGUAGUUCUAUCGGUUUUCCCGGUCCUGGCAGCUCUAAUAGCUAUGCCAGUCAUGCCGGCUCUGGCGGUUCUGAUGGUCCUGGCGGUCUUCCCGAUUCCGGUAAUAAUGCCAGUUUUGGCGGGUCCGCCAAUUAUGUCGGCUCUGGCGGUUCCGGCAAAUAUUCAGGCAGUCACGGUUCUGGAAAUUAUGCCAAUUUUGGCGGCACUGGCAGUUCUAAUAAAUCCGCUGGUACCAUCAGUUCCGUCAAUUCCACGGGUUCCGUCGGUUCCGUCGGUUAUGUUGGUUCGGUCAGUUCCGUUAGUUCCGUCGAUUCUUCUGGUUCUAUGGAUUCUGUAAUUUCCGUUGAUCACGUCACUUCGGUCGAUGCUACCACUUCCGCUGGUAUUGCCGGUUCCGCUGAUUCCGUUGGUUCUGCUGGCUCUGAAAGCUAUACUGGCACUGAUCCUAGCGGUUCUCCUAGUUCCCACGACCUAUUUAAACCAGGCUCUCAUAAUUCUAUUGAAACACAAAGACCGUCUGGCCUCUUUGACUCUGAAGGAUCUGGAAAAUAUGAACCGUCUCCAUCAGCAAGCUUUACUGAAUUUACAAAAUAUGAAUCAAACGAUUUUCCGGCUCUUAGCCUGGACGGAGCGACUACCUUGUCUGGCAGUUCUUCCGACUUCCUAGGGAAAUAUGGAUCGGACAGCAGGCCUGGAUCGGGAUCCCCAGGA